AUGGCCAACGAUGUGGAGGUCCUUGGCCCUCACUGGCGUAAUACGCUGAAUACGCAACAACGGCUCGUGUACGACACAUUCAUGGGCCACUUCCAGGCGCAAAAUCCUGCUCAAAUCCUUCUCCACGUUGAUGGUGGUGGUGGCACAGCCGCCCUACCGAAUCCUAGCCCUAUAUGCCGCGUGGCGCCAACAGGCGUUGCGAGUAACCAGAUACAGGGCAGCACCAUUCAUUCGUUGCUGCGCCUCCCAGUAGGCGGUACUUUCACCGACCUUCCCCCGGCCGACGCAGCCGCCCUUCAGUCCCGCCUACGGCACAUCAAAUACCUCGUUAUCGAUGAAAAGAGCAUGCUAGGGCUUGAGCAGCUCGCGCGGAUCGAUUCCCGUUUGCGACAAGCCUUUCCACAGCGUAACCUCGAGUUCUUUGGUGGUGUGAGCGUUGUGCUUGUGGGCGAUUUCUUCCAGUUACCACCAGUCCGACAAAAGCCCCUGUAUUCGACUAGCACCGGCCUGUCUUCGUUGGAAAGGAGAGGGCAGGUGGCCUACCGCCUAUUUGACCGCACCGUCUUCCUGACCACGGCACAGCGCCAGGCUGGUGAUGAUCAGGCCCAGUUCCGUCAGGCGUUGCAGGAACUGCGUGAUGCCAGGCUACCGCGGAGCGAGCUUGACGGCUUCAGGACCGCUUUGCGAGUGUAUUCUACAAAGGCACGGGUCAACCAAUACAACCACGAGCAUAUGGUGCAUCUCAACGCCCCGGCAAUACAAGUGGAGGCAAAGAAUCACGGCAACGGCGCUGGGCAGGCACCAAGCAACAAUGCUGGCAAUCUAUCUAACAAGUUCCCUGUUGCUAAGGGCACCAGGGUGAUGCUCACGACUAAUCUGUGGCAAUCAGCUGGCCUAGUUAACGGUGCUCAGGUUACUGAUCUCGCUACACGCGACUUCCAGGCCGGUAUUAGCUAUGUUGCCGUCUCACGGGUUACCUCGCUCCAAGGCUUACUCCUUGAGGCGCCGUUCGAUCGUCAGAGCCUCUAUAACCACACGCCGACGGAAGGGAUGAAGAUGCGCCUCGCUGACCAACAACGGCGUCAGGGUCAACAGCUGAGCGAUCCACUGUAUCCACCACUCUACCGUGACUAA